GAUUCACAAAAGACGCAUACAAAGGGAGUUCCAUGCAAGCUCAUCCGAUAUCGGCGAAACUGGAGAUCGUCGUGUCAGUUGGCUGCGGACGAUCGAAGCUACUGCUUUAUACUCAAAGUCGUACUUAAGAAUCUCAUCGUUUUAAUCAUGAAGAAUUUUUGCUUCACAGGCUUAUUGUUAGCGGUUCUCGCGGGAAUCGUCGCCGGUAGAAUCGAGUUCGAUCUCUAUCGGGAGGAGCCGACGUUGGAGACCAUAUCCAGGAGUAAGCGCUCGUUGCACGAGCACAAAGCUGCUUGGAAGAAUGACUCCGUCGUAUUGUACAAGUUUAUGAACGGCGAAUACUACGGGACGAUCGGCGUAGGUUCAUCGUCAAAACCGUUCAAGGUCAUCUUCGACACGACCUGGGCUGAUUCCUGGUUGCCGUCAUCGCACUGCGGAUGGACCGAAAUAGCUUGCAAAUUGCACAACCAGUACGACAGCUCUGAGUCGUCGUCUUACUUCCCGAACGGCGAAUUCAUCAACUUGACCAGCAGCGAACUAUCGCUCAUGGGCAUCUUGUCUACCGAUACUUUUCACUUGGCGCAUGUGAAGGUGGUGAACCAGACGUUCCUGGAGGCGACACACAUGUCGCUGAACCCGUUCCUGCAGUACAAAGCCGACGGCAUCGUCGGUCUGGCGUAUCAGGAGCAAUCUGGAUGGAAAGGCGUCACACCCUUCUUCUACAACAUGAUUCGUCAGAAGCUCGUUCAGGAACACGUUUUCACUUUCUACAUGAACAGGGAUGCGACAACGCCAAAAGCUGGUAAGGUGAUCCUCGGUGGCAGACAGCGAUCUCACAUGAAGGAAGACACGUUGACGGUGUUGAACGUGGUGGAGAAGAAGUUCUGGAUGAUCCAGAUGGACAGCAUGUUCGCCGAGAAGAACAAAACCAACUACCCUAUAUGUGAAAAAUGUCGUGCCAUUUUCGACUCGAGCUCCAAUACCAUCGUCGGUCCGCCCAACGAUAUUCUCAAGCUCAAUUACAUGCUCAACGCUGUCUACGUUCCUGGAAUCAACAGAUACACCGUGAACUGCAGGAACUACGCCAAACUGCCGAAAAUCCACUUCGUACUGAAGGGCAACGACUUCGUCAUCCAGUCCAAGUACUACGUGCAACGACUUACCCUCGAGAACAUCGAGGCUUGCUUCAGUCCAUUCGUACCGAACGCCAACGCCACUGAGCAGACUUGGGAGUUGGGAGGCGCUUUUAUGAUGGAAUUUUACACCGAGUUCGACUUUGAUAACAACGUCGUCAACAUUGCCGAGACUAUAUUCUGAUCGAUCUUUUGAAAGUUAUUGUCUCGUGCCAUAUUUGCACAUAUUUGCAUUUACUGCUCUCUGCGAUAUUUUUUAUACGAUUCUGCUCUAUACGUUCUCGAUUAAUAAAAUGCUUUUCUCAAA